GCCCGAAAGACAUAGCAGCCGAAGCAAACCUCUCCUUCCCUCUUCGUUCUUCGUCUUCAAGCCGAACCCUCGCUGUCGAAGAACAUUUUCAUUUCCUUCCCUCUUCUUCUUGGAGGCUCCCCUCUCCGUGGAAGAAGAUUUCUUCACCCAGCUGUCCGCCGAUUCACCCGCCGUGGUACUUCUCUCGUCAACAUCCUCCUUUCCGGCGCUCAUUAUCAUCACCGCAACUUUAGUUAACAGCACAUGGGAUCUGCUGCUGAAUCUGCGACCAUGAUUUCUAAGAUUCUAUCUCAUUUGCGUUGUAAAUUUCCAUCUGACUUAUAAGGUGGCCCGGGCAGCGGAAAGGGUACGCAAUGUGCAAAUAUUGUUGAGCACUUUGGUUAUACACAUCUUAGUGCAGGCGAUCUUCUUCGGGAAGAAAUCAAGUCUGGCUCUGAAAAUGGGUAUGACAACCAUGAUCCAGACGAUGAUUAAGGAGGGAAAGAUUGUGCCUUCAGAGGUUACAAUAAAGCUCCUCGAUAAAGCAAUACUGGGUAUUGACAACGACAAAUUCCUAAUUGAUGGUUUCCCUAGGAAUGAAGAAAACCGGGCUGCUUUCGAAGCUGUUACAAAAAUCGAGCCAGAAUUAGUCCUCUUUUUUGAUUGCCCAGAAGAAGAGAUGGAGAGGCGACUUCUGAGUAGGAACCAGGGAAGAGAAGAUGAUAACAUUGAAACGAUAAGGAAGCGGUUCAAGGUCUUUCUGGAUUCUAGUCUUCCGGUGGUUGAGUACUAUGCUGCCAAGGGCAAAGUUAAGAAGAUUGAUGCUUCCAAGCCGGUCCAAGAGGUUUUUGCGGCGGUUAAAACCAUUUUUACACCAAAGGAUGAUAAGGUAAAGCACCGCAAGUGUGCCAUCUUAUAAUUCACCGAACAUAUUCGGAUGUAUAAUUGUGGAUACAAACGUUUGAGUGUAUAUUUGUUGCCUGAAACAAGGCAUAAGAAAUAUAGAUCAAGCAUUGAGCUUUGUGUGUUAUUUUCCUAGUAUUCCUCGUCUUGAAUGACUUAUCUCUAAAGGUCGGGCCUACAUGGAUUUGGAUGCUCAAUUCUAACAGAAGUUUAAUAAUGAAUUAUUAGGUGGCCUUGAAAAUUCUAUAGUGACUGUGCCAGUAAGCCUCAUUGCUCAGAAAUGCAACAAGUGCGAGUUGUCUGACUAUGAUAUUUAUUGUUUGUUGCAAAUCAGUCAGUGUGGCCGGUUUUGGGUGGACAUUGCUAUAUGACUAAGUUGAAGAAUCAAAGUAGAAAUUGGUGUGGAAAGGGUAUAGAGUUAGAGCCGGACCAAUAAGACCCUUCCCUAGGAAUUUCAUUGCUGGGAUGCUCCGCAAUGGCGCAGCAUCGAACCUUGUCCCAUAUUCUCAAAAUGGCAUUUCCUUUGGUGCCAAAAAGACGGGCAAAGGUUAAAAUUGAAAUAGAAGGAAACGAAAAGGCUGCUAAUAAUGUCAAAGAGUCUCACGGCAAGUAGCAGAAUUUGCAGACGCGACUCCUUCUGAGGUAAGUAAGCACCUUGUCUCGUCUCUAUCCGCCAUUUUUUAAGGUGGCUCAUGACAGCUCGAGGUUUCAGGAGCCAUAUCUGUAUUUGAAUAGAUUAUGGGGAAUGAUCCCUUGGAUGUUAUUAAUUUGCAUAUUUAAUAAGUUUCCGUGGACAGGAAUUGUUAAUGGGUUGUAUGCCAUGAAAUGGUGCGUCUUUCUACGUUGCAGGUGGUGUUUUUACUUCUAUACUAUACUGGAUGAGGAAGCUACAUUUUGUUCUGUUGUUCGAGUUGCCUAUUGCGGCUUGUGUUUACAACAGGUCAUAUAGUGGUAUUUAACGAUUAAAGAUACAAUUUAACCAUUCAUAAAAAAAAAAAAAAAGAAGGGGGAAAAAAAGGAGAUAGAGAAAAAAAGAUAGAAGCAACACUGCUGGUGUUGUCCAUCCUUAUUCUUCUUGCUAGUAAGAACCGUUGCUGGUUUAACUGUGAUGAAUAAAAAUGGGGGAUUAGGAGAUAGAUAUAUUUUAUGUUAUCUUCUCCUCCCUUUGAUGCUUUUUCUUUUCUGAAAAUAUCUGUAAUGUCAGCUGAAGAGCGAAUGACUUGUUAGUAUGUGAAGUUUAUCAAUCAGUUGAUGGACGGUGAAUGGUUCAAGUGCACCAGCACAAGUCUAGAAGGGCUGUGUGAUUCGUUUUUCUGCUUUUCUUUCUUUUCCGCAUGGAAUUUGGUUCUGAUGCAUUUCCCUCCGAGCCAAUUGCUUUCUACCUUUUUGCCAGUGGGGAAGAAAAUAAAGAUUAGCCCACAAGUAAGAUAAAAGCAAAAAGAAGAAUAAGAUUAUGCAGUGGAUGGAUACAUUAGCAUGGAGAU